AUGACACUCACAUUUGUUCCUGGAGAGGUCAACCCGUCCCCGUAUUCCUUAGCUCAAUGCGUGUGGAAGAACCACCAUAUUAUAGUGUACGGAUCGGGAAACAAUUUAAUCAUAUCGACUUCCAAUGUUGAAGCUAACUUAAGCAAUAUUCAGACCAUUUACCUUGAGAGUGACCCUGUAGCAAUUGACUUAAACGAAUUGACUGGGUAUAUAGCAAUCUCCAUUAAAGCGGAGCUACAUAUUUAUUCACCUGUAAAUGAGUACCUGCUCAAGCCUAAGUGGGGCCAUGCCUUGUCGAUAAACUUAGCAGAGGAAGAAAAGGACCAGGGAAUGGCCACCGGUGACAUAAACUGCCUUCAGUGGGCUGUAGUAGAAAAUGAAUUACUUGUAGGAACGAACGGUUCACUCUCUCUCUUUCAUGUUUAUGAUGAGUUUGGAGACUUGAAAUACAAUCAGCGAUGGUACUCGGUUCAACCAAAUCCUGUUCAUUACAUCAAAACCACUAGAAAUGCUUCUAAAUUUGUCUCGAGAGGUAAUUACGACAGAACUAUCAAGGUUUGGUCACGUUGUAGCUAUGGAGAUACCACUUCUUUGUUCCUGUUAACAUAUUUGGAACAUCCAGAAGAACUGUACGUGGUCGAUUUUAAGUGGAAGCAAAUCCACGAGGACGAGGAGCUGGAAGCGGGACUGAAGAAUUUGAAACUAGAUUCAUCUAUGACUAAUAUAAAAAACUUUGGAGGUUUAGGGUUGGGAGGAUUAUUAGACAACGAUAAUGACAACGAUAUCCUUUACACCUUGACAAAUUCUGGCGUGGUGAGAGUUUGGGCAAAUGAUUCCACCAUGGGCCAUAGCAAAAUAAGAAAAUUGGGACAAUUACAAUUAAACUUUAUCAAAGGUAAACUAAGCAAUUUAAUUGUAGUGGAUAAUUAUAACAAUUCUUCGCUUAGGAAUCUUGUUACAAGAAGUCAGGGUAAUCAUAGUCAGUUGAAUGGGAAUGUUUUCGAUAAAAUUUCCACCGCUUUUAGUCAGUCGAAUGGAGAGCCAACUGAACUUUUAUUGGCAAUAUCAGAAUAUGGACAAGUCCAAGUAUAUUCUGCUACUGCUCAUGUGAACAGUCCUACACAGUUCAAGAGAUUAGACGAUGAGGACAGGGAAAUUUACUUCAACAAAAAUUGUUUUCCUAAUAAAAAGGAAACACACCAGAAUGAUUUCGAUAAUCUUUCACUUUCAUACAUUCAGUCGGUAGACUUUUUGAGCCACCACAUCCAACCAAUUGUCAUUCCCGAAGUUUGCCUAGUUGGUAACAAUAUCUCCAUACUUAUUCAAGAUCGGGUGAAAAAUACCAUAAGAGAAUGCUUUUUCUCGUUUGCACACUUGUUACUGCAGAAGGAAUCAAGUCCAGAGAAUAGCGGUCCUUUGCUAUUGGGAACAACGUUAAUCAACAAGUUCUCUGGACAUAAUAAAGCAAUAAGGAAAAUCAGGAAAUCAACUGCAUCUACUAAUCAUAGUAAUAUAUUAAUUUCUAUUCUGGAUUUUCCACAAGAUAACUAUAUCUGGGAGCCCUUGACACUUCGUACUGGUUCAAGGAAGACUGUGACCUUAACGAAAAGAUUCCAAAUUGACUGUCUGAUUGGGUAUCAAGAUGAAAACAUAGUAAAUGGUGGUGGAAUUUGGGACGCAAUAAUCAUAAAUGAUAUUGAAGAACAACAAGAAAAUUAUAGACACCAUCUUGUUAUUUCAAUCGAGAAAACCGGAUGUAUUAGUUUCUGGGAUUGUAAUGGAUUAACUAUGGAUGACAAACCAGUAGAAUUAAUUGAUAGACUUCGGUUAGAGGAUAAUGAUGGUCAUUAUAUAUAUAAAUGUCCAAAAGCAUUUGUAUCAACCGCUGUUAGAAGUGACGAAUUAAAUUCGAAGCUAUGGUGUGUCAUUGGUGUAUUUGAAAACAAUUUGGUUCGGUCAUGGAUUGUCAAAGUUAAAUACAACAAAAAUUCCUCUUCGAUCUUAAAAGUAACAAUUGAAAAUGGAAACGUAUCAAGCUUACCACUUCCGGAUGAUGAACAUAUACACCAAAUUCAAACGAUGGAUCUGUUACUUGGUGAAUCUCCACGGAAUCUAUUAACUACUAUUGAUACCGAAGGUAAAUUGAGGAAUUUUGCGAUGGAUACAACUACAUUAAAGUGGAAGGAAACAUGCUCCAUUCGUACAAAUCUAAAGAACGUUAGUAAAAUUCAUGGUGCUUCAUCAAUUCACAAAGUCGCUGUAGUAGAUGAGACUGGAUAUAAUUUGUCCAUUUGGGAUACCAAGAAUGGGGUACUAGAAUAUGAAGAAUCUUUUAAAGAUACAGCGAAAGAGAAAGUUAGAGAUAUGGAUUGGAUUUUUAUUGAUUCUAUUAGUAAGAGGAGAAAAACUGCUACAUCAAAUGCUAUAUUCCUGGUUGGUUUUCUGAGACAUGUAUUAUUAUACACGCAGCUUAGGUAUGAUUAUACAAAUAACAUUCCGUCAUUUGGAGUUUUGAAAAAGCUUGAUAUAUCUGAUUAUACUUCACAUGAAAUUGGAGACCUGAUAUGGCUUAACCACGCUUAUUUGGUGAUUGCAAGUGGAAACCAGUUUUUUAUUGAUGAUCGUUGGGUUACCCUUGGUAGCUCCAGUGAUCAGUUCAUUGAUCUGACUAUAAAGCAGCUAUUGGUGGGCUAUUUGAGGAACGAUAUCUCGGAAAGUAAUUACAGAAGAAGAAGUGUAGUUGCUACAGAUCAUUUGGAGGAAGUCAUCGAGCUAGAAAUAUCUAAUUUAGCAAGGAUCUUAAAUGGUCCCUUACCAGUCUAUCAUCCACAGUUUCUCAUUCAAGCUUUAUUUCUAAAUAAAAUUGGAAUGGUGAAGGACAUAUUGGUGAGGCUUUUAAAAGUUUUGAGAUUUGACAGUACAGUCAAAUGGGAUUUAGAAAUGAAUUUGUCUGAUGAAUUAAUGGAUAGUAGUACAGAUUCCGUGAGAGUAAGCGGAUCGAUUACACCUGUCACUGCUUUCAAAGAGAAUAUAUUUGCUGAUAAUAAUAAUAAAGAAAAAAUACAAUCUCUUGACACUUUUUUUGAAUUUAAUCAACAACUAUCUGAGCUUUUAAUUGAGAAGCUCACUAAAUAUUCGUUACCACUUUUAACAAGACAUCAACAAAGUACACUUAUCACUGUUAUCUCUUGUGUUUUGGAAAUCGAUAAAAACUUUACGUCAAUGGAUUCUAAUGGUAUUAGAUUUCUUAUUGGAUUCAAAUUGUUUCAAUCUAAUGCCAAACAGACACAAUUAACAAUGAGAGAUAUCAGUUGGGCACUUCAUAGUGAUAACCAAGAAAUGGUGAUAAAUGUUAUUGAAGAAUCUCACAAGAAUAGAUUGAAGUGGAGAAAUGUCAGGGAGGCAGGAAUGGCAUUUUGGAUAAAUGACCAUCAAAAGUUAGCCAAUAUCAUCGAGAAGUGUGCCAGGAAUGAAUUUGGGGACAAUAGAGACCCAAGUGGGAUUUUGUCGUUAUUCUAUUUGGCCUUGAAUAAGAAGAAUGUAUUGAUAGGCUUAUGGAAAUCUGUUCUGCACCAGGAACAGCAAAAGAUGUUAAAGUUCUUAAGUAACGACUUCAAUGAGAAAAGAUGGAAGACUGCAAGUUUGAAGAAUGCAUUUGUUUUGCUAAGUAAACAUCGUUAUUUUGAUGCAGCAUACUUCUUCUUAUUGGCAGAUUCCUUAAAAGAUUGUUGCAAUGUUAUUGCAAACAAAAUCCAAGAUGUUAAUUUGUGCCUUGCAGUGGCCAAAGUGUAUGAGCACACGAAAAAGACUAGUGCUUUCCCUAUAGAUUCUUGUAUUCCACACAUAAUUGAGACUUGGAUUUUACCUGAAGCAAUUCAGAAGGGAGAUAGAUGGACAACAAGUUGGAUAUUUUGGGAAUUGAAGCAAAGAGAAAUAUCAGUCAGAUCAUUGAUUGAAUCUCCAAUUUCAAUAAUAACACAACAUAAGGACUGCUUUUCUGAUACAUGCAUCAAGAACAAUCUUGAAAACGUUCACUUGGAUUCUACUUCUAAAAUCUUUCUUAAGGACGAUCCUGUGUUGAUAUUGAUGUUUGAUAACCUUAGACAUAACAAUGUUAACUUAUUAAAGGGAGCAUUGGAGAUCAGUCCCAUGGAAGAAUUCAAUUUUGUCAUUAAAGUCAGCUUAAUCUAUACUAGAAUGGGGUGCGAUUAUUUAGGAUUACAAAUGGUCCGCAACUGGGAAUUUGUCAAGUUCGAUCUGACAAAGAACUUGUUCCAAAGACCUAGCAAUGGUCUACUUGGAACCAAUGGCGACGACAUAGGUACUGGAGUUGGAGCUGGAAUUGAAAGAAUUCCCAGCUCAAUACCAUCAUUAUUGGUUGGAGGAGCUGUGGAGAAAAAUGGGUUCGGUACUGAUAAGCCAACUUCCUCCAUUAAAUCACAACCACCUCCUACUGUUGCAUUCGAAGAGCCGGAUAUGAGUUCAUUUGAUUUUGGGUUCUAG